AUGUCGGGCUUUGGCGACUUCACCUCCAUCUGCGAGCACACGCCGCUGCCGCUGUGCGCCUCCGUCGGCCCCGUCCUCUCGUCGUCGGGCCGCGUCGGCAUCGAGCCCAACUGCUACGCGCGCAACAUCGAGGUCGCAAACACAAUCAUCUUCGAGGGCGCCGCGUCCUUUGCCCACAUUGGCGCGCUCGUCAUGACCGUCAUCAUGGUCCUGCACGUGCGCAGCAAGUUCACCGCCGUCGGCCGCAAGGAGAUUCUCAGCUUCUUCUACCUGUACAUGCUCCUGACGUUCAUUUCGCUCGUGGUGGAUGCCGGCGUGGUGCCUGCGGGCAGCGGGCCGUUUCCGUACUUUGCGAGCGUGCAGAACGGCCUGACGAGCGCCGUCGUGACGUGUCUGCUUGUGAAUGGCUUUGUGGGAUUCCAGCUGUACGAGGACGGCACGCCGCUGUCGGUGUGGAUGCUGUGGCUCUGCUCGCUGGUGGCCUUUGCCAUUUCCUUCCUGGUGUCGUUGGCGACGUUCAAGGGCUGGGCUGGGCUGGGGCCGACGAACACGAUUGGCCUGUUUGUCGUCUUGUACCUGCUCAAUGCGAUUGAGCUGUUUGUGUACGUGGGCAUGCAGAUUCUGCUGGUGGUGCGGACGCUGCAGGACCGGUGGCCGCUGGGCGAUAUUGCGUUUGGCAUCUUCUUUUUCGUGGCGGGACAGGUAAUUCUGUAUGCGUUUAGCUCAAAGAUUUGCGUGGCUGUGAGCCAUUACCUGGAUGGGCUAUUUUUUGCGACGAUUUGCAACUUGUUGGCUGUCAUGAUGGUUUACAAGUACUGGGAUUCUAUCACCAAAGAAGAUCUCGAGUUCUCUGUCGGCACCCGCAUGAACAACUGGGAGGUUAAGGAGCUCCUCGGAGAAGAUGAGCGCCGCGGCACCGUCUACGCAGAUGAUCCCUAUGCUCAGUCCAGCGGCUACGACUUGCCUUACUCUCCGACCACGAACCGCUACUCAUCUCGGCACUAA